AUGUCAUCAAUAAUAUCUAAAGCCACUGGAUUGGUCAGCUCUGUAGUCACCAAGUCAUCAGAAUUUGUCAACUGCGGUGUAUACUGGUCAAAAGUUGGUGCUGAAUUAUCCAAAACCGUUUACCAAAAAGAAGGUUUGGCCCCACCAUCAAUCAAACAAUUUGAAAAUGUUUACCAAAAUGCAUUCAAAUGGUUAAAAACUCCAGCCGAACAACAAAAGCUUAUUGAACAAGCCAAAGCUUACAAACCAAAUGCCCAAGAUGCUGUUAAAUACGGCGUUUACGGUAUUCAAUUAGCUGGGUUCUUUGCCUUGGGAGAAAUUGUUGGAAGAAGACAAAUCUUUGGUUACCCAAAAUUAGGUGAAGCUCACCAUUAA